UCUCCCCACUGCACUAUUAUACUAUUCUUCUUUUGCAUCCUCUCUCUCUCUCUCUCUCUCUAAUCCCCACUUCUUUUUCCCCAUUUCUUGCUAAAAAUACCCAAGAAUUUCUCUGAAAGAAAAGGAAAAUUAAUCAUGUCAAGUGACAGGCCUAAAGAUUCUGCUGAAGGGUCCUCACGAUCCGGUGGUGAUCAUCAUCAUCACCAGCAACAGCAGGUAAUUUCUCAGCCGGCUCCGUUGAGCCGGUACGAGUCACAGAAACGGCGAGACUGGAACACUUUUGGGCAGUACUUGAAGAACCAGAGACCUCCAGUUUCACUGUCACAGUGCAACUGCAACCAUGUCCUUGAUUUUCUUCGAUAUCUUGAUCAGUUCGGAAAAACUAAGGUUCAUCUACAUGGGUGUGUGUUUUUUGGACAACCAGACCCUCCUGCUCCUUGCACUUGCCCUCUAAGGCAAGCCUGGGGAAGUCUUGAUGCCUUAAUCGGACGGCUGCGAGCUGCUUAUGAGGAACAUGGAGGAUCAUCGGACACAAAUCCUUUUGGAAAUGGAGCUAUUCGUGUUUAUUUGCGUGAAGUGAGGGAGUGUCAAGCUAAGGCAAGAGGGAUUCCAUACAAGAAGAAAAAGAAGAAGAAGAAUCAAAUCAAGCCAAGAGAAGAUGCAAAGCCCUCGAUGCAGACAGCUUAAUAUCAACAACUCCUUUGGCUUCUGCAGAUGAAUGGGUCUCAAAAUAGGCAUCAUUUGGAUAUGAGCAGGUUAUAGAAAAGGGAAACCAUGGAAGUUUGGUCUCAUCUCCAGAUGGGUAUUGAGUUUUCCCAUGGCAGAUAUAUAUUUAUAUAUAUAUAAUCUAUCAAAAAGCAGAGUACUAGCUACUUCUGAAAUAAUCAUUUGAAGUUGGUCUGAAGGAUUUGUAGAUCAUAGGAAUAUAAUUUACUAUGCACUUGAAUUGUAAUGCCCUUAUUCCAUAUUCCUAGACUUGCUAGAAUCCUUAAAACAGCAUGCAUGCAAUAUUCUCUUCUAUAA